UCUCAUCUUCGUCAAUCUCUCGUCUCCUUCUUUCGUUCUUUGGGUUUUACGACUGGUUUGUCUCUCUCUGUCUUCUCUCUUUUUUUCAAGCACUGUAAAAAUGGAAUUCUCUGAAACAGGCUAUGACAUUGCCACUGAUGAAUGGGACAAUAAUAUUCCUGAUAACUGGGAUGAUAAUAUUCCUGAUAAAUGGGACGAUAAUAUUCUUGAUACCUUCAAGGUAUUUUCCUCAGCAACUAAACCUCAGAAAGGUGGACUUCGCUUGUUUGCAGAUUAUGACUUUACUGCCACUUAUCAGAUGGAAGAGGAGAAAUUUCCUGCACACAUCAUAAGGAAAGAGGACAUGAAGCUCAAAGAUGUGGUGAAGGAACAUGUGCUCCCUUUCCUUCCUGCUAAAUCGCUGAUGAAGUUUAGGGCUGUAUCCAAAGAAUGGGAUAAAUGGAUAGGUGGUCCCUUAUUGACCUACCAACAAAGUUUCUUAUGCCAGAGUUUUUCGGGCUACUUCUAUCAAGAUUCGAAGAUGGGAUGGGAUCCUAGAUUCAUAUCUCUGGACCAUUCUGCAAGUGGAGUUCCCAACCCAGCCCUUCAUUUCUUGCCUGAAAAGGUCAAGAUCCUAAGCUCUUGCAACGGCUUGCUCCUUUGUCAGGGGUGGGACAAGUAUUAUGUUUGCAAUCCUGCAACCCAAGACUGGAAAAUGCUCCCGCUUCCUCAGUAUUAUCAUGGAGCUGAACCAGCAGUUGUUCUUGCAUUUGAGCCUUCUCUUCGUAACAUUGAGGUGUAUUAUCAUGUUAUCUGCGCAUUUCCUUUGCUUGGGCAGCCAAUUAUUGGCUUUGAGAUUUAUUCUUCAGAAUCAAAUUCCUGGAAGUGCUCCUCUGCAUACUGUACUGAGUUAGAAAAUUCAAGUCUUGUUGGUGGGGGGUUGUAUAUGAAGGGAGUUGCUUACUAUGAGACGGCAUCGAAUGAAGUACUGGCAUUUGCUGUUAAAGAUGAGCUCCCUGCGAUUAUAUAUUUACCUACUAUACCUAUUGGGGGACAUGGAUCCUUGACACAGAUGGAAGGUGAGCUAUGCUACAUCAUUGCUUAUAAUGAGCCUGGAAAUGUUUUCUUAAUAGAUAUCUACCAAGGCAUGGAAAUGAGCUUGAAGCGCAGUGUUAGCAUCAAUCUUGGACCCAAUAGGAGUUACACUCUAGAAUACGAGGUACUACCCUGUGUUAACAGUGAUGCUGUGGUGAUUCGUGUAGGCAGCUUCAUAUACUUGUAUCACCCCAGGGAGCAGAAAAUUGAACGUACUAUGAUGAGUUCAGGCGAUACUGGUCUUGGCAGAAAGUUCCUGCCCUACAUAAACAGCCUUGUUACCUUACAUUGAGCUGAAGGAGUCUAUGUUCAUGUUUUGUCCUUGCAGUAGAAAACCACUGCUUCAUCUUCUGGUUUGAAGCAUGUGAUCCAAGAAUUUACUGUUCUUUUAGAAUCUCUGUUUGAAUUCUGACUUGGAUGUAUAAAAGUAGAAUGCACGGUGACGUUUUCGUUUUGGUAAAUAAUGGAUUUUGAGUAAAAACAUAUUGAAGUUUCUUGGGAUAUAA